GAGGCAUGAAAUAAGAGCCGUUGGAUACACGAAAAAGGAAACAAUCCAGACCCUCCAACAGUCCAGAACCUUCUGCAUUUCACCCGAUUUAGAAGCAUCUAGAAUUGAGCCUAGUCCUCACUCCCCUAUAAACCCCCAAUCACCAACGCCCCAUCAGAUUCAUCACUUAAUCAUCCGCUAAUCUUCAAUUACUCUCUUAAGCAAGCUCAAUUCAACCUAAUGAACAUGGACGAGGAUUUCGAGAUGCCGGAGGGAAUGAACGGCGCCGAGGACGACGGUUUCAUGGACGACGGCGAAGAGGAGGCGGUGUCGUUCAUGAAAGAAGGCGAUGAGACGGAGAUCGGGACUGAGGGGUUGAAGAAGAAGCUGAUUAAAGAGGGUCAAGGCUUUGACUCUCCUGAUCCUGGUGAUGAAGUUCAAGUUCAUUAUACGGGGACUUUGCUGGAUGGGACAAAGUUUGAUUCGAGCCGCGAUAGGGGGGAGCCGUUCAAAUUUACUCUUGGACAAGGUCAAGUUAUCAAGGGAUGGGAUCUUGGUAUCAAGACAAUGAAGAAAGGUGAAAAUGCUCUUUUUACCAUUCCUGCUGAACUAGCAUAUGGCGAGUCGGGUUCUCCACCAACCAUUCCGCCUAAUGCCACUCUGCAGUUCGAUGUUGAACUCCUCUCAUGGACAAGUGUUAAGGACAUCUGCAAAGAUGGUGGAUUAUUCAAGAAAAUCAUCAAGGAGGGUGAAAAGUGGGAAAAUCCUAAGGAUCUUGAUGAGGUGCUAGUCAACUACGAGGUUAAGCUUGAGGACGGGACUGUCAUUGCAAAGGCUGAUGCUGUAGAGUUCACUGUCCAAGAUGGUCAUCUAUGUCCUGCUUUGGCUAAAGCAGUAAAAACUAUGAAGAAAGGAGAAAAGGUCCUCCUUACUGCUAAACCACAAUAUGGAUUUGGAGAGAAAGGUAAGCCAGCAUCUGGUGAUGCUGCUGCAGUUCCGCCAAAUGCCUCAUUGCAGAUCACACUUGAGCUAGUAUCCUGGAAGACUGUUUCCUAUGUUGGUGAUAACAAGAAAAUUAUUAAGAAGAUUUUAAAGGAAGGAGAGGGUUAUGAGAAGCCCAAUGAAGGAGCUGUUGUCAAAGUUAAAUUGAUUGGAAAGCUACAAGAUGGUACCGUGUUUUUAAAGAAGGGUCACGAUGAUGAAGAGCCUUUCGAAUUCCAGACCGACGAAGAAAAAGUUAUAGAAGGGCUUGAUAAAGCGGUGAUGGCAAUGAAGAAGGGAGAAGUAGCUCUACUAACAAUUGCUCCUGAAUGUGCAUUUGGUUCAUCUGGAUCACAGCAGGAGCUGGCCAUGAUUCCGCCUAACUCAACUCUUUACUAUGAAAUCGAGCUUGUAUCUUUUGUCAAGGAGAAGGAAUCCUGGGACAUGAACAGCGAGGAGAAGAUUGAGGCUGCUGGUAGAAAGAAGGAAGAGGGUAAUGCAUGGUUCAAGGCGGGUAAAUAUGCAAUGGCCUCAAAGAGAUAUGAGAAGGCUGCCAAGUCCAUUGAGUAUGACACUUCAUUUGGAGAAGAGGAGAAAAAGAAGGCCAAGGCAUUGAAAGUGUCUUGCAAUCUCAACAAUGCAGCUUGCAAACUAAAAUUGAAGGAUUACAAGCAAGCAGAGAAACUUUGUACCAAGGUUUUGGAAAUCGACAGCAAGAAUGUGAAGGCACUCUACAGGAGGGCUCAAGCUUAUAUCAACCUUGUCGAUCUAGACCUGGCAGAGUUUGAUAUCAAGAAAGCACUAGAAAUUGAUCCUGCAAAUAGGGAUGUGAAACUUGAGUACAAGGUACUGAAGGAGAAGGUUAAAGAAAUCAAUAAAAAGGAUGCCCAGUUCUACGGAAAUAUGUUUGCCAAACUGAACAAGCUGGAGCCUUUUGACACUGAAAAAACAGCUCCCAAAGAAGAAGAGCCGAUGAGCGUGGACAGCAAGGCAUAAAUGGCCGUUAGAAUAAAGUUCUGUGAUAUGAUGAGUGUCUUUGCCCUAGUUUUAAUGGUUAUUACUCUUGUCAUUUCUUUGUUGUGUCCUCAGACAUGGACAGUAGACUAGCUAUUUUCUGAAUGCAUAAAGCCUGAAAAGGAAGUUGUAACAGAAUUUCUGUGGUUUUGAUUUGGUUGCACCUAUGAUUGUAAUAGACAUUUUGUUCCUCAAUUUCUAAUAGAUAAUUUCGUGUCUUCCCUUGA